AGUUAUCUACCGCUACUUCUCCUCCCACUCCCGCUCUCGCUCUCUCCGGUCCAUUUGAUCAUCCUGCUCGCGCUCACUACCGUCGUCAACCGACCUUGCCCCUACUGCUCCUUCCUCCUGGUCAUCCUCUUCGCCAGUUCCUGCCGCUGGUCAGAUCGAUGCUUCAUUGACCUGAAUUCAUAUGGGAAUGAAACGGGUUCGAAAGCGUCGUGGUUCGUCCCACGGCUGUAUACAAUGAACUCUGGAUUGGCAAAUGAUACCGGGUCACAGCCGCUGAACGGAAGCUCGUCUGAUAUGGGGGACUUUUUACUCAACCUCACUUCCACCACGGUCUCGGGACUGGUUGGCGCAAUGAAGGAUUCUGCAUCUGAGGUGAUUGACGAGGCCCGAAGAAGGCUGACUAUCACUGCGACCUCAGAUAUUUCGUCUCCAGUCGACCCCGGAAUCGGGGCACAAUGGCUACGGCAGUUGUUUGGUCGGUCUGAGUGGACUCUACCUUGCGUUGGGGUCAAGGUAGUCAUUUGA